UUGAUUUGUUUUGAUUGUUUUGAGUUUUUGUCUUCAAUGGUCUUCAACUUUGAGUUUCAAUUCAAAACCUGUGUUAAUUUACUAAUAAUAAUUUAUUGUGUUACUAUUAUUUUCCAUAUUCCAUAACUAGUAACUACACUGCCGACUCGUUAAAUGCACUCAUAUCACACACACAUCAAAACAAAACAAACUAUUCCCUAGUGAUUAGUGAAUAUAAAUAGGUAUUAUUCCAUAUUAUACUCUUUGAAAAUGUUGGUGGAAAAGUGUAAAAUACCCAUUGUAUUAUUUAAUUAUAAAAUAAUGAGUCAACGCAGGACCAUAAAUAGAUCUCAGUCCGAAAAUUCCUGUCCUGCGGAAGCUGUGAACGAAUGUGUCAAGUUCCUGGUUUGCCGCGAGGGUAGCAAGAAGCCGAUAAGGCAGGCAGAUAUUGAGAAGCACCUCACCGAUGUUCUACAGACACCAGUGAACAAAAAACUUGUUAUUGAAAAUGCUAACAAAGUUUUGAAACAUGUCUACGGCUACAAACUAGUCCAACUGAAGGGCAAAGGCAUACAGUACAUAAUGGUGCUUAGUGAUACAUUGCCAAGUACCUGUGAACACUUGCUGUCUACAUACUCAGAGCCCAGUCAUCGCAAACUCUUGAUAGCUGCUCUCACUCAUAUAUUCAUGUCUGGUGGGACCAUCAAAGAUACUGAUAUGUGGAACUUUCUAGACAAGACAAAGUUAUUGCAGGAACAUGAUAUGGAAGGUAGAAAAAUCCUUACACACACAUUCACCAAACAGCUCUACUUGGAAUAUAAUAAAGUUGGCACCAAUGAGCAUCCUAGAUUUGAGUUCAGCUGGGGACAGAGAGCAGACGAGGAACUACCCAAGGAAUUCAUUCUAAACAAAAUGGCUCAAGCAUUUGAUAAGGAACCAAGUUACUGGAGGGAGCAAUUCAAAAGUACACAAGAAAACGGCAGUGAACUCCAAUAAAUGUUAUAAAUCAAAUGUAAUAAUGUUUUAUUUGUGUUUUGUUGUAAUAUGUUUUGUAUUAAAAAUUAAAAUGAAAAAAUGGAGGUGAAUA